AUGAAGGCACACACGCUAAGACGUCAAACAAGCCAGACCUUCGAGGAAGGCAAACAGAUGUUUUGUCAGUGUAAUCCCAGCGCUGCCAAAGGAACGACAACUUCGUUAACCAAGUUUACUUCAUCCCCCCUGCCCCCGUUCCUUAUCCCCCGCACCUUGAGGAGAUUAAGGGAUGAUGACAGGGUAAGGACGUCUUCGUGGGGAGCGGUAGUCCCGUCGAUACGACCGCUAAGGGGUCGACUAUCAACUGUAGCUUCUUACUGGAGCUGGUUAUUUAGUUGA